CCAUUUUUAAAUAAAAAUUAAAAAAUAAAUAAAAACCCUCUCUCUCUUCUCUCUCUCUCUCUUACAUACUCGCUUCGCUUCCACGCACUCCAAUAGGGUUCGCCCUUCUCUUCUUCACUCAGAUGUGUUGAAAUCAUCAAGUUUGCGACUUUGAGGAAUUAGGAUCGUUUGGAAAAAAAGGGGUGUUUUUUUUAGGGUUAAAGGUUUCAAUCAUUAUCAUCAUCAUCCAUGGCUUGGUUUAGAGCUGGAACAAACUUAGCUAAACAUGCUAUUAGGAAAACCCUUUCUAAGGGUGGAUCUUCAUAUCAUGUGUCAAGGGCUAGGGUGUUUCCAUCAUCACCAUUAUCAGGGGGUGGUAGUGGUAGUAGAGGGUUUCAAACUACUGUUUUCAAAUCUAGAGAGCAAGCUGCACCGGUGCCGCGUGCGGUUCCGCUUUCGAGGUUGACUGAUAGUUUCUUGGAUGGGACUAGUAGUGUGUACUUGGAGGAGCUUCAGAGGGCUUGGGAGGCUGAUCCCAACAGUGUUGAUGAGUCUUGGGAUAAUUUCUUUAGGAACUUUGUGGGCCAGGCUUCUACCUCCCCUGGGCUUUCGGGUCAGACGAUUCAGGAGAGUAUGAGGUUGUUGUUGUUGGUGAGGGCGUACCAGGUAAAUGGUCACAUGAAGGCCAAGUUGGAUCCGCUGAACCUGGAAGAGAGGCAAGUCCCUGAGGAUUUGGACCCUGCCCUUUAUGGAUUCUCUGAGGCUGAUCUCGAUCGGGAGUUCUUCUUAGGGGUCUGGAGGAUGGCUGGUUUCUUGUCCGAGAAUCGACCCGUGCAGACCCUUAGGUCCAUAUUGACAAGGCUUGAGCAGGCUUAUUGUGGAAGCAUUGGGUAUGAGUAUAUGCACAUUGCUGAUAGGGAGAAGUGUAAUUGGCUUAGGGACAGGAUUGAAACCCCUACAUCUACACACUAUAACAGGGAGCGUAGGGAGGCGAUUUUCGAUCGGCUUGCCUGGAGUUCACUGUUUGAGAACUUCUUGGCCACCAAGUGGACUUCAGCUAAGAGGUUCGGGCUUGAAGGGGGUGAGACUCUUAUUCCCGGCAUGAAGGAAAUGUUUGAUCGUGCAUCUGAUCUCGGAGUUGAGAGCAUAGUCAUAGGAAUGGCGCAUAGGGGGAGAUUGAAUGUUUUGGGGAAUGUGGUCAGGAAGCCGCUGCGCCAGAUCUUUUGUGAGUUCAGUGGUGGUCAGCCUGAGGAUGAAUUCGGGCUCUACACGGGAACUGGUGAUGUUAAGUAUCACUUGGGGACAUCUUAUGAUCGUCCUACUAGGGGUGGCAAGAAGUUACAUUUGUCUUUGGUGGCAAAUCCUAGUCACUUGGAAGCUGUCGACCCGGUUGUUGUUGGCAAAACUCGAGCUAAGCAGUAUUACUCAAAUGAUGUGGACAGAACCAAGAACAUGGGUGUUUUGCUUCAUGGAGAUGGUAGUUUUGCUGGACAGGGCGUGGUCUAUGAAACCCUCCAUCUAAGUGCUCUUCCAAAUUACACUACGGGCGGGACUAUUCAUAUUGUGUUGAACAACCAAGUUGCAUUUACAACUGAUCCGGAAUCUGGCAGGUCUUCACAGUAUUGCACUGAUGUUGCCAAAGCUUUGGAAUGUCCUAUCUUUCAUGUGAACGGUGAUGACGUGGAAGCAGUUGUUCAUGCCUGUGAACUUGCUGCUGAGUGGCGCCAGACUUUCCAUUCAGAUGUGGUUGUGGACUUAGUGUGUUAUCGUCGAUUUGGCCAUAAUGAGAUUGAUGAACCAUCUUUCACUCAGCCUAAAAUGUACAAGGUCAUCCGAAGCCAUCCAUCAGCUCUUGAGAUCUAUCAGAAGAAGCUUUUGGAAUCAGGGGAGCUGGCAAAAGAAGACAUUGAUAAGAUACACAACAAGGUCACAUCAAUUCUAAAUGAAGAAUUUUUGGCUAGCAAAGAAUACAUUCCCAAAAGAAGAGAUUGGCUUUCAGCAUAUUGGACCGGGUUCAAGUCACCUGAACAGCUUUCACGUAUCCGAAACACUGGUGUGAAACCAGAGAUCUUGAAAAAUGUUGGGAAAGCAAUCACAACCAUCCCUGACAAUUUCACACCUCAUAAAGCUGUGAAGAGGAUUUAUGAUCAACGCGCCCAAAUGAUUGAAACUGGCGAAGAUAUUGAUUGGGGAUUUGCAGAGGCACUUGCUUUUGCAACCUUGCUUGUUGAAGGUAACCAUGUUCGAUUAAGUGGUCAGGAUGUCGAAAGAGGAACAUUUAGCCACCGGCAUGCUGUAGUUCAUGAUCAAACAACGGGGGACAAAUAUUGCCCCCUUGACCAUGUGAUAAUGAACCAAAAUGAAGAGAUGUUUACUGUUAGCAAUAGCUCACUUUCCGAGUUUGGUGUUCUUGGAUUUGAAGUGGGUUACUCAAUGGAAAAUCCCAACUCACUGGUAAUUUGGGAGGCUCAAUUUGGUGAUUUUGCUAAUGGGGCUCAUGUGAUAUUUGACAAUUUCUUGGCUUCUGGUGAGUCUAAGUGGCUCCGUCAGACUGGACUUGUUAUGUUACUUCCUCAUGGUUAUGAUGGCCAGGGCCCUGAGCAUUCAAGUGCAAGAUUGGAACGCUUUCUUCAGAUGGCCGAUGACAAUCCUUAUAUUAUCCCUGAGAUGGAUCCAACACUUCGGAAACAAAUUCAGGAGUGUAAUUUGCAGAUUGUGAAUGUCACAACUCCUGCCAAUUUUUUCCAUGUUUUAAGGAGGCAGUUGCAUAGAGAAUUCCGUAAGCCUCUCUUUGUAAUGUCCCCUAAGAACCUGCUUCGUAGUAAGGCUUGCAGAUCAAAUCUAUCUGAAUUUGAUGAUGUCCAAGGCCACCCAGGCUUUGACAAACAGGGAACAAGAUUUAAGCGCCUCAUAAAAGACCAAAAUGCCCACUCAGAUGUUGAGGAGGGUAUUAGACGUUUAGUACUCUGCUCUGGAAAGGUUUACUAUGAGCUUGAUGAUCACCGAACUAAGGUUGAUGGAAAAGACGUUGCAAUAUGUAGGGUGGAACAGCUUUGUCCAUUCCCAUAUGACCUUGUCCAACGAGAGCUUAAACGAUAUCCAAAUGCUGAGGUUGUUUGGUGUCAAGAAGAGCCAAUGAACAUGGGUGGAUACACUUACAUCUUACCCCGGCUUAUAUCCUCCAUGAAAGCUGUAGGCAGGGGAGGCUAUGAGGAUGUCAAAUAUGUUGGUCGUGCUCCAUCUGCCGCCACUGCCACUGGAUUCCUAAAGGUUCACCAGAAGGAGCAGGCUGAGAUUGCUGAGAAAGCCCUUCAACGCGAACCACUCAACUUCCCAUUCUGAAAGGCUUUGCAAAUACACCCUUUUUUCCAAUGAUAUUGCAUUUAGUUUUUUUUUUUUUUCGCUUAGAGCCGGAAGGUGGCUUGAUAUAUUUGCUUUUGACUUUUGAGUAAGCUGAAUUUCAUGGUGUAUACUUUGUGCUGAGAUUUUUGUUUUGUUGCAAAGAGGUGAUUACCAUGCGACACUGAAAGGUUGCCUUACAAGUUGAGUUGAUACUUUUGAUACUUCGGUUUUUGCUUUCUUUUUUAUAAACCUUAUACUAUGUAAUUUUGAAACACAUCUUCAAUAAUCUAAGUAAUAUGUAAUUCCAGUUUCCAAAGGCAUUGCUUGGCAUUAUGGCAUGUGGAACAUGGCCUACUUUUAAUUGAAUAAAUCAAUUCAUUUGUUGAA